CCGCCGCUUGUUACUAAGGCGACGCGGCGCAACGGCGCGGGCGAGGCUGAGGCUGCGGCCGCGGCGCUCGGGCCCUGGCGCGGCAGCAUGGGGGACAGGCGGCUGCGGGACGCGCAGCGCAGCGCCGCGCUGCAGCAGGAGCACGAGCGGCAGCUGGCGCGGGGCGCGCGGCUGCAGGCCGCCUGGGAGGCGGAGGAGCGCGCGGAGCAGAAGCGGCUGAGCCGGCUGCUGCGGGACGAGGAGUACGAGCGGCGCAUGGACGAGGCGCUUCGCACGGCACAAGAAAACAAAAAACUAAGAGACCUCCAGCUGGAGCAAGAAGAAAGACUGGCAAAUGAAUUGGCAAGAUUAAACUAUGAAAAGCUUAAAGAUGAAAAAAUGCGGCAGCAAAUAAGAGAGAACAGUAUUGAACUUCGAGAGUUGGAAAAAAAACUGAAAUCUGCUUACAUGACUAAAGAAAGGGCUGCCCAGAUUGCUGAGAAGGAAGCUAUCAAAUAUGAGAAAAUGAAACGUGAUGCUGAGAUAGCCCAAAGGAUGAAGGAAGAGCAUGAAAAGGUAACAAUGGAAGAAGGUUCUGCAGAACAGAGGCGAUACAAGGAAAAAAUAAUUUAUCAGCAAGAACUGGAGAAGCAACUGGAGGACCAAGAAAAAAAUAAACAGCAUGCUUAUGAGGAGUUCCUGAAAGAGAAACUCAUGAUAGAUGAAAUCGUACGAAAGAUUUAUGAAGAAGACCAAAUGGAAAAACAACUUAAGUUAGAGAAAGUAAGAGCAACACAGAGAUAUAUAGAAGAAUUCAAAAUACAACAGGACAAAUGGCGAAGAAAGAAGUGUGAGGAAAUGGAAGAAGAAAAUAAGAAAAUCAUGGAGUUUGCUAAUAUGCAACGACAAAGAGAAGAAAGUUGGAAGGCUAAAGUUCGAGCGAGUGAGGAAAUAAAAGAAAAACUCCAGAACAUGAUCACACAAAAUCUAGAAAGAGAGCAACAGAAACGUGAUGAUCUGGAGCAAGUGCGACAAGAGUUAUAUCUUGAAGAACAAGCUGAGGCAGACAGAAAAAAGGAGAUGGUAGAAAUAGAAAAGAGAAUCAGACAGCGCUUAGAGUUAAGACAAACCUAUGAUGAGCAAUUAGCCUUGAAGAAGAUAGUACGGCAGGCCAUGCAAGAAGAAGAAGAAGCCUUUAGACAACAGAUGUUAGCCAAGUUUGCAGAGGAUGAUCGCAUAGAACAAAUGAACGCUCAGAAACGAAGAAUAAAACAGCUUGAACACAGAAAAGCAGUGGAAAAACUUAUUGAAGAUCGUCGCAAACAGUUCCUUGCAGAUAAAGAACGUGAACUUGAAGAAAGACAGUUAGAAGAGAGAAGACAAGAAAAUAUUCGUGCAGUUGUUGAAGAAGAGAGACAGAAACUCCUCAAAGAACACGCGUCUAAAUUGUUGGGGUAUCUUCCUAGAGGAAUCCUCAAAGAUCAAGAAGAUGUUAACAUGCUUGGUGAGGAGUUCAGGAAAGCUUAUCAGACAAGAAGAGGGGACGUCUUUUCAGACAACAGCUGAAAUUUACGUGAUCUUUGUGGUUUACCACUAGAUGUCAUCUGACUUUUAAUGAUAACUUGUACAUGAUGUUAACAGUGAGAAAUUCCUUUUUGGUGUUCGGAGACGAUUUGCCCUGCAAUACUGAGAGCACUAAGCUAUCGAUUAGCUAAAAUGUUCAAGUAUAUUCUAGUUACAGAUUUACAUAAAUAAAUUUUAUUUCUUCA